GGGAGACCCCCAACUCUCCUGUCCUGUGUGGAUGUGAUCGCCCUAAAGGGACUUGCAGCCUUUGCAUUCCGCUCAUUCCAGCCGCGGCGAACAAUCAGCUCUCAGUUAUUUAUUGGUGCUCUGCGCUGCGCUCCCUCAGUCUGCUGCUGCUGCUGUCUGCGCGCUCACACGGAGACUUUCAUGGAGGAGAGCAGAGAGAGCACACUAAUCUGUGGACUACGUUGUUUCAAUUGAGCGCAGAAAACUGAGAAAUAACACCACGCUACAUUCAGUGUUUGGACUGUGAUGUGACUUUAUUUCGAUUUGUGAUUCAUAAAGCUCCAGACUUCCCUUGUUGGCACUAUUUUCUGCUAAUUUCUCACUGACUGAAAUGAGAACCGCUGAGGAUUCAUCUGGCACGGUCCUGCACCGUCUUAUCCAGGAGCAGCUCCGCUUCGGGAAUCUUACGGACACUCGCACACUCCUGGCCAUCCAGCAGCAGGCCCUGCGUGGAGGCAGCAGCAGCAGUGGUGGCGGGGGCGCAGGGAGUCCUCGCUCCUCUCUGGAGAGUCUGACUCAGGACGAGUCUCAGUACAUGCAGAUGUCCACACGACAGGAGCCUCAGGGCCAGGAGCACAAAGGGGACAGCCUGCACUCUGAGAGCCAGGUGUGCCAUCUGUACCAGCUCCAUGGAGAGGAGCUGCCCACAUACGAGGAGGCAAAGGCCCACUCGCAGUACCUGAUCUCCCAGCAGGCCGAGCAGGAGGCCCCCAGCAUGGACGUAAUGGGGGGUCACAGCGAGGGACAGUGGGAUCUGAAGAGGGAACAUGCUCGCUCCCUCAGCGAGAGGCUCCUUCAGCUUUCUCUGGAAAGGAAUGGAGCUCGACACAGUGCAGCUUUGAGCUCCUCGCACAGCUACCCACAGCUGUACAACCAUGUCACAAACUCUCAUGAAGGGAUGCAGCAAAGUGUGGACCAGCGAGGACCACCUCCGGACUAUCCUGUCUUUGCCAGACUUCCUGGAUAUAUGCUGAGCCACUCACAAGAGCAUGGACAGUACUUCAGAGACCCUGCUCCUCCUCCCUUCUACCCUCAGCCUCACAGCAGGUAUGUGUCUGCUCAUUCCCAGGUGGCUCACAACACCAACACAAUCGAAGCCUCAAGCAAUAACUCUGCUCAGACCGACAUGUUGAUGCGGGAGAACGAGCGGCUCAGGAAGGAGCUGGAGGUCUACGCCGAGAAGGCCGCCAGGUUGCAGAAGUUGGAGCUGGAGAUUCAAAGGAUUUCUGAAGCGUAUGAGACUCUGAUGAAAGGCUCUGCAAAGCGGGAGACUCUGGAGAAAACAAUGAGGAAUAAACUAGAGGCGGAGAUUAAGAGGAUGCACGACUUCAACAGAGACCUAAGAGAACAACUCGACUCGGCCACCAAACAACGAACAGCAAAGGAGGCAGAGUGUUCAGAGCAGAGACAGCACGUCUUUGUUAAACUGCUGGAGCAAAAUGAAGAGCAGCAGCGGGAGCGUGAACAGCUUGAGCGGCAGAUACAACACCUGCGCAUCUCUGGGGAGGAGUGCCAACGGAGACGGGAGAUCCUGGAGCAGGCUUUGGCUACGACUCAGGCUAGAAACAGACAGCUGGAGGAAGAGCUGCAGAGGAAGAGAGCCUAUGUGGAGAAGGUGGAGCGGCUGCAGAGCGCACUGGCUCAGCUGCAGGCAGCGUGUGAAAAGAGGGAAGCGCUUGAGAUGCGACUACGUACACGACUGGAGCAGGAACUGAAGAGCCUCAGAGCACAACAGUCUCAGAACCAGGCAGCAGACUCCUCAUCUUCAGAGCUGAGCUCGUCCAGGCUGCAGCAGCAGCUCAGGGAGAAGGAGGAGCGUAUUCUGGCCCUGGAAGCAGACAUCACUAAGUGGGAGCAGAAGUACCUGGAGGAGAGCACCAUGAGGCAGUUUGCGAUGGAUGCAGCUGCAACUGCUGCAGCACAGAGAGAUACAACCAUCAUCAAUCACUCACCUCGACAUUCUCCUAACAGCAGUUUUAAUGAAGACCUGCCUUUGUCGAGUCAAAGACAUCAGGAGAUGGAGAAAAGGAUCCGUGCUCUUCAUGCUCAGCUCCUGGAGAAAGACGCCGUAAUCAAAGUCCUGCAGCAACGCUCCAAAUGGGAGCAGGGCAAGCUUCGACUCGCCAGAUCCGUCCCCUCCAUCAACACCGUGUCCAGCAACACGGAGAGCAAAGGAAAGAGCCUCUCAGAUGACCAGACAGGUGCUGCUGCCCUGCAAAUCAAAACCAGGGUGUUGCCUAAGGGCCUGACCCGGGACUCCAGCACCCAAAGUGAUGAGGCCCAGGAGCCAGAACCCAGCAAGACUCCUGAUGUGAUCUCAGCAGCUACAACUAACGCCUCGGAGGAGCCAAAGGCAGCACUCAAGACAUUCAAGAGCAUCAACAGCUCAGACGCAGAGGUAGUUGAAAUCCUCAUUUGAGUGCUCGCUGCAGCUGACAUGACUGAGCGAUGACAGAGACACUUGGCCGGGUUGUUAAAGGCCUACAUGACGUCUGCUGCAAGUAAAGAACGUCUGACUGUCUGUCGUCGGAGUAAAUGAACAGAGUCCAGAAUGAGGCAUGGUUUGGAGAGGAGAGCUGAGCUUUCCUUCGACUGUGCAAUGACUCAUGAUUGUGAAUUCCUAAAGGUACAUGGACUGUUUGAGCGCUACGAUGGGAAAGGGGCUGCUGAUUGUGCAUACGUUGUGCAUGUGACUUUUUUUGUUAUGUAUUGUAUUUAUAUUUAUAUAAGUGCUGCUCAUGUUGUGAUGUUAUUUGAUGUUUGAGACGUAAGAAGCACAUGGAUCACUUGUCCUGCUCUGCUCCACUUAAAUUAUAAACCCAUGUACUCACUUUCCUGGAUUAAGUUUAAACAUAUCUAUGUUUCAUUCCCAGUAGUGAUCCUGUUACCAUGCCCUCUCAUUGUAAUGGGAAUAUUUAUAUUUAAAAUGACUCAGUGUAAGCAUCCUUGCGUGUUUCCAUGCUAUGUUUGAGGAUUAUUCUGUUUAACAGAACAACUCAAACCUAAAUUAACAGUUGCUCCUCUCUUUAAAAUACAUUCGGGCCCCUACUCACAGCUCAGCACAGGAUUUGGAAACUUCCCUUGAAUGCGGAGCCUCCAGCACCUCCGCUCAUUUCUCUCUUAAAAAAGCCUGCGAGGAUUGACAGCGUUUCACGGAGGUCUAAUUUUCCAGAUCCCGGGUUAAUGUUGGGGCCUCACAUGGCGGCUGCCCAACAUUUCACUCCCCUCCGCUGACACGCUGGAGCUAAUCUUCUCACAUUCCCCUCGCUAAGGGAAUGCUCCCGUUAAAGAAAAAAGGCUAUCUAAAGUCUGACCCCUCGCCCUUGUUAAAAUGGCACACAUUCUCCACAUGAUUCCUCGUCCUGGGUUGGUUAUUUCUUCAGAGCCGUGGUGGCUGGUUCCUCCAUGAGCGCAGAAAUGGUCAACUAUAAUUGGCCUGCAUUUGCUACUCUAUUUGUUGUCCCCAUCACUGUGUUAUAUUCAGACGUGUUUUCUCCAUUGCUCACAUUUCUGACUGUACCCCCAACAUGGAAUCUUCUAUUUAUUUCUCCCUGCAUGGUGCGGGAUCACUGGACACUGCUGAAUGUAGACUCCUGUUUUCCAAGGCUGUGUUUUAUAUUUAACUGGAAAUUCAGAUUUCCUCAAAGGGGAAUACAGCUGAAACUUAAAAGUGUCUGAUUUUCAACCUGACAACAUAAAGACAUGAGUAUCUGUGUCAAGCUCCACAAAUAUCAUGUGAAAUGUCAAACCUCUGGGUUCCCCUUCAUACUUUCCACCAUUUUUCCCGUCACAAUGCAUUUGCUGGUCAAUGCAGUGUGUCCUUUGACGUAAUGCCCUUCACUUUGUUUGGAAUGUGUUUACAUGAAUGGCUAUUUGAAGUGAGAGAAGUUAAUAUAUUUUCCUUUUUGUCUCCAUUUAUAUUUUCUGUAUUUGUAUUGUUUUCUGGUGCCAAAGAUGUACUCUAAGUUAUAACCGUUGUCAAACACAAAAGGUCCCGUCAAGGCGCCUUGCUUCAGCUGGUUGACCCAUAUUUUUUUUGUGGCUGUGAACUUUUGUAAAGGAAACAUUUGUUUGUACGCCUUAACAUUUCACCAUAGAUUAAAAUUCUUAAUAUAUGUCUCAGAAAA